UUAACCGAUACCUUCAUCCACCUCCAGUCAAAUCCAAUGAAAAUUAAUUGUAAGUUUAUGCAGACAGAUGUUCAAUAUUACUGUAUUUGCUGAUUAAUUUUGGUCAAUAUAAGUAUAAUACCAUGCAAUUAGGGGUGCGUAUCAUGUUUGUACUAGGAGCUUUCUAUGAGCAAAAAAUUUCGAUUCUAUAAUUAAUUUAGUAACUUAUGAAUAAAUAGAUCGAAGUAUGUUUGUGUUAUUUUCAGGUAGAUAAUUUGAAACUGAUGCGGCAGGAUUAUGUGGAACCAAAAUCCUAUAACACUAUUGAAUGUUGUGUAACCUGUAGAUUAGUUGCGAUAUUGAGUAGUGCGUUAAGAACAAUUAUUUAUUGACUCAGCUUUGAAGAUAAUGAGAGUCCAAUUAAAAUCUUUAUUCAAGACCGUUCGUGUUCUUUCAAUUUGUUAUCACACACACACCUCAUUCAUUGUAUAAAAUUGAUAAAGGCGAAAAAUAUCAAGACGAGACAAAUAAUUUCGCAGAGGUGUAAUUUCGGUGAAUUUCAACCGAGCAGCAGCUAUCAGAACCCGGAGAAAAAAAUUUUCAUCUUCGAGUCACGCAUGUUUAAAAUUGACAGAUCUUCGGGGAAUAUUGGCCGUAAGCCGACAAGUUUAUCAGAGCACAAUUUUACGUCCAAUAUGAAGUUAGACAAAAUACUAGUAACUGACGAUCACACGAAUAGUAGUAUUAAAGUCAUCAAGGAAAUAAUUCAAAGCAGAAAUCAAGAAGAAGCAUUUUAUGUUUUGGAUGUCGGUGAUGUUGUAAAAAAGCACAGAAAGUGGCUCUCUAUGAUGCCAAGGGUCGAACCACACUUCGCGAUAAAGUGCAACCCUGAUCCGACAGUUAUCAAAGUACUUGCUACUCUCAACGCCAGUUUUGACUGUGCAUCUCAGGGGGAAAUCGAGCAGGUGUUGGCAGCCGGGGUGUCAGCGGAUCGUAUAAUUUUCGCAAACACCGUGAAAAUACAUUCGCACAUCAAGUACGCCUGGCAGAUGGGAGUGAAAAAUAUGACAGUUGACGGCGUGGAGGAAUUGUACAAAAUCAAGAGCAUUUUUCCCGAAGCAAACGUGAUUAUUCGUUACCGGUGCGACGCGAAAAUUGCGGGGGUGGAAUUGGGUUCUAAGCACGGUUGCGACGUCACAAAAGAAGCGCCUGAGUUAAUCAGGUUGGUAAAAAGUCUGGGUUUGAACCUCCACGGGUUCAGUUUUCACGUAGGAAGCCAGUGCGGCGAGACAGCGGCCUACAGUCGAGGUAUCAGGCUUGCAUUGGACUUGAUAAAGUACGCGGAGUCCCUGGGAAUCGAAAAUGUCAAACUGAUCGACAUCGGAGGGGGAUUCCCCGGGGAGACGGGUUUCUCGAUCGACGCGUUUGCCGACGAUAUCAACAAAGCACUAGAGACGGUGGAUCCCUCGAUACGAGUAAUUAGUGAACCAGGACGUUACUACGUUGGAUCGGCAUUUACAUUGGCAUCCCUUGUCUUCGGGAAAAGGUCGAUCCCGGAAGAAAAAACAACCCGGCAUAUGUAUUACAUGAACGACGGUGUUUUCGGAUCAUUUCUCGACAGUAUAAUAGCCAAGCCAAACCGACAGCUGACACUACUGAUGAAGCCAGCAACGGAAGAAGUAUUAUACCCGUCGACGAUUUGGGGCCCAACUCUCGACACUAACGAUUGCGUGAUUCCUGAUCAACUUCUUCCUGAAUUGCACAUCGGUGAUUGGUUGAUAUGGCCGAAUAUGGGCGCCUAUACGCUCUCCUUAGGUGGUAACUUCAAUGGUUUACCUUUGCCUGCUGUGUACUCGUAUAUCAAGAGAAACGUUUGGAACUCUUUGAACAUCGAACGCGAUGCCUCCGAGAAAAAUGAAACCAUUUUGAAAACCGAAAACAACGAAAGAAUGAGAGAGAAAGAGAAGUGACCCGCUGAACGAAUGGGCUACUGUUUUGGAUGUGAAAUCCAAUCCAACAACGGAGAAAAGGAGCAGUAUAGGAAUCAUCGGGGGCAUUUUUCUACCGAUUAUGUUAUCCCAAUCCUUUAAUGGCUUGUGACCCGAUCGACGAGAGGAUAUUCCCACGAAGAGUUCUCUAACUUCGACACAAGGUUUUUCUAGUAUAAUGUUAUAAAUAUAAAACUAUGCUUGCUUAUUAUAUGUGACUGACACCGACCAAUGGACGGUAUGAUGUGUAAACUGAUGAUUACGAGUUUUAUCAAUAAAUCAACGUUGAAAUCAA